AAGAAAGAAAACAAUUUGUAUUCCAUAAUAACCAAUUAUAACUGUUUGUCAAGUUUGUACAAUGAAUAACAUUGAACGAUUUAAUAAGUUUUUAUUAAUUGGUUUCUAAUUCUACUAAAUAAUAUCGGUUUUGCUACUAAAAUGUUUCGUCAACUAAUACGAGCUUUGGAACCGGUGAGGAAUAGACUGUCACGAGCCGUAGCCGGGUCCAGCAAUGGCGCAGCAAGCAGUGAAUGCAAUAACUUUGAACGCAAUAGCCAAACUAAAGAGCAGCAGCUAUCGAGCACGUUAAAGAGGGCACUUCCUGGCAUUACCUACAUUAGCAUAGAAGACAUAUCAGGAGGAUGUGGAGCCAUGUAUGAGAUAAGCAUUGAAGCCAAAGAAUUCAGAGGUCUCUCAACUGUGAAACAACAUCGACUUGUUACUAAUAGUUUGAAGAAUGAAAUUGCUGAAAUGCAUGGGAUCCGUAUUCAUACUGCUGCCACAAAAGUAGAUGAUAAUACAUAGUUACUUAGAAUCAAAUUGUUAUGAAGAAAUGUUAAAUCUUUCAAUAAUAUUAGGUUCAUAUUUUAAACCUGUUUGGUUUUAAUUUUUAGAAAUUAGAUUGGAUUGUUUUUAUUGCUAUGGUUAUUACUAGCUAGUAGUUCAUUUGAGAAGUGAUAAAUGAGUUAAAUGUUAAAUGCAUUAU